GCUUCUGAACGUGCUUCUGCAGCAGUCAAAUCUUAGUGAAAUUAAUCAUCAGGACAAUGAGGGAAUGACUUCACUCCACUGGGCUGCUUUCCACAACAGGCCCCAGCACACUCAGACUCUGCUGCACAAGGGAGCAGACCUGACUCUGGUGGACAAGGACUUCAAAACAGCUCUGCACUGGGCAGUACAGAGUGGCAACAGGAUUCUGUGUUCCAUCAUUCUGGACCACUACCAGGGGCCAUCAAUAAUAAACUACGAUGAUGAGAAUGGCAAAACAUGUAUGCACAUUGCUGCUGCUGCAGGCUUCAGUGAUAUUAUCAGUGAGCUGGCUAAAGUCCCAGAGUGCAACCUGCAGGCCCUUGAUGUGGAUGACAGGACACCUUUGCACUGGGCUGCAGCAGCAGGGAAAGCUGACUGUGUGCAGACACUGCUAGAGCUGGGUACAGACAGCAGCCCACGAGACAUCAAUGAAAACACUCCUCUCACAUAUGCAGUGUACUGUGGGCACACAGCCUGCAUCAAGCUGUUGUCUCAGGAGAGCAGAUCUGAGCCAGCUCAUCAGUUUCCCUCCCAGAACAGAGUCCUAAAGAAAGACGGACGAUUCAGUAUGCUGAACCACAUCUUCUCUUGCAAAAAGAAGAAUGAUAAGAAAACCAGUCAGAAGGAGAGAAGCAGAGACCAGUACCCUAGAAAAGAGACCUCAGAAGUAGAUGAUAUCAUCACCACUUUUGAUUGCAUUAUGGACACAAACUGCAAAGACAUUCCAGUUGAGUGUGUGACAACCACUGACUUCAAAAGAAGGAGCACAGACACGAAAUACCUCAUAUCAGAAAAGAAGCAACAAGUGUGUCAGGGACUUGUGCCCAUCAGAACCCAGAGUCUUCCCCCAAUCACUAUGGGCAAUUCCUUCCUAACUGCUUCCCAAAGCACACCACCAAGCUUCCCCUCCAGCACCAGCACCCACCACUUUGCACACAAGUCUCAAAAGAGCAGAAGUGAACACAACUUGCUGGACCACAGAAGCAGCUGCCAGGCUUUGUUGGAUGAUCCCUGGAACAUGGACUCUAACCAACUACUCUCCUAUAAAGUCUGUACUAGGACUCCUUCAGACAAACUGAUAAAUGGAUUAAACUCUGAUAGAUCUCACCAUGUGCUUUUGUGCCCUCCCUGCCUUCCCUCACUUCCCAGUUCUCCAUCAG